AUGGCUAAUGCUCGCGAUAUAGAAGACUGGCUCAAUAUGGAAAACGAGCUCCCGACUUCACCGCAAAUGUCUGAAGAAGAGAUUUUAGCCAUCGCUGUCGGAGAUUCGACGGGAAGCGAAAGUGUAUGUAGCGAUGAAGAAGAUGAGGGCGAGGACGAGAAACUAGUAUCGACUAAAGAAGCUGCGCAAUGUUUCAAAAAAUGCUUGUCGUGGAUGGAGUCACAGAACGAUAUUGACCCCGUGCAUUUAAUGCAGCUAAGACGAAUGAUGGACUUCGUAAUGCCAUCAAGCUAUAAGUCUUUGAAGCAAGCAAACAUGCUUGAACAUUUUAGACAUUUGUAA